GCGCGGAGCGGUGUGAGUCAGUGUGAGUGAGACGCAGUCGGGUUGAGCGUGCAGACCAUGUACAGAGACUUCUCUGGGACCUACCCUCAUCAAGAUAUAGGGUGCAGCAGGAGUAACCACAGCCCGACAACCCCAGAAACGGUCUCAUCCUUAGGAGUCAUAGACAUGGGACACGGCUCCAGAUCAAGCCCUCUGACUGAUUCCCACCAGAAAUACCCAAGUCAUGCAUCUUCCAGUUCAUUUAUCCCAACCUUAAAUGCAAUUACAUCAAAUCAGGAUCUGAACUGGAUGGUCCAACCAAGUGUCAGGCCUCUGACCUUACCUCCCUACCACAGCCCCCGUCAUGGGGUUAUUAGGAGUAUGCCUCUCUUGAAUAUGGGGAGAAGGAGACACUGCGAACAUCUAACUCCAGAAGAAGAAGAAAGAAGAAGAAUACGUAGAGAGAGAAAUAAGAUUGCUGCUGCAAAGUGUCGGAACAGGCGCAAGGAACUGACAGAUUAUCUACAGGCGGAGACAGACAAGCUUGAAGAGGAAAAGUCAUCUCUCCAGAAAGAGAUUGCAGAACUGCAGAAACAGAAGGACAAGUUGGAACUCAUUCUUGAUGCUCAUCAGCCCAUCUGUAAGAUACCCAACCAGCAUGAUCAGAAAGGGGGCUCUCCCAGAACAGUCAAGAAAGAGCCACAGGAAGAACUAGCCAGGUGUCCCAAAGUCAACCUUCCUAGGAUAGAGCUGAGCGAAACUCUCCUGGAACCUGAAGCACUUCACACUCCAACACUGAUGAAGACACCAUCCAUCACUCCCUUUACUCCGACAUUAGUCUUUACUUAUCCAGGACCACAGGAAUCCUGCUCAACUGCUCACCGCAGGCUCAGUAGUAGCAGUAGCAGUGCGGAACAGAGUCCUGGAUCUCUCGAUUCUCCUACGCUUUUGACUCUUUAAGAUGAACAUGGCUUUGAGAUUAUGACAAUAAGUGUCUUCUGAAUCAUUAUUUAGUUGCCAGUUUUUUUAAACUUAUAGAUCCUCUAUAAAGGAUCUUAUUCACUUUCUUUGUAUGGCAUGCUCUCACAUAACCCUAUAAGGGCUUCUAUGGCUUUCUCCAAUGAAAUGUACGUGUCCUUCCCUUGAAGUGAUUCUAGUUAGAUGCGUGACCUGAUUGAGGUUACAAGUUUAGACAAAGGCAGAGCCUAAAAAGACUGUAUAAUUUUGAUUGUUGGGCUACAGUUAAGGUCAGCCACAGAGCUAAUAUUACACUGCAUGAGUUUUUUUCUAAAAGCAUUGAUAAUUCACGGCUGGGCCGAUAUAAGACUACGUGAUCUAAUUUUAUGGUCACAAGUAAAGUCUGCGGCAGAGCCUAAAUUAGAUUGCAUGACCUCUGCUCUACAGUCAAAGAGUCAGUAUUAGACUGUAUGACCCCUAAUAUUGGGUCACAGGUAAAGGCAACGGCAGAGCCGUAUUCUAUAUUUAUUAAAAUAUAUUUUUUAUAUGUUUAGUACUUGGGGUGAAAAACCUACAUUUUGAUAAUGGGAUGUUAAUAAAAAAUAUACAC